AGCAGAUUACAAGUAGCGGCCGCAAGUUUCGAAUUAAUCUCUAAUAACAGGAAAAAUAAUAUUUUAGAAAAAAGAUAAUUGUAUUUGUAGAAUGACAUUUAUGUCGAUACUGAUGAACCGUACAUUUUACAUGUGAUCUUUAAUAUGCAUGUAGCCUUUGUGCAAUCCUCAUUUAAAUUUAAUAUGUUGCAUUCCACAAAGUCACAAUUAGCGCGACUUUACUCUACGAAACAAAGCAAUAGGUCGAAGAAUCAUUAUAACACGUUAAAUGUCACUCCACAUGCCACUCAAAAUGAAGUGAAAUCGGCAUAUUACAAGCUAACUCUGCAAUAUCAUCCUGACAAAAACAAGAGCGAAUAUGCCAAACAAAAGUUUCAAGAUAUCUCGGAGGCUUACGAAGUGCUCGGCAAUCACGACCAGCGUAAAGUUUAUGAUCGAGAUAUAAUGGUACGUCGACAACCAGUGUCGACUACCACCCAGGAGCCUAUUUCCGAUUACAAGAACAAAGUUUAUUCGGGGUCGUCAAAAAUUUACAAUUUUGACGCGUGGACGCAGGCACACUAUGGAAAGCAAAUACACGUAACACGCCUCAGGAAACGGGCGUAUGAGAAUGCCAAAAUGAUGGAAGAAAUAAAUAUUCAUUCAAAGAAGAAGUCUCAGUAUUUAGAAUUUGCCGUGUUUUUAUUGACUCUAACAUUGAUUGCUGUGAGUUUACAAAAAAAAGUCGAUGUUCCAAUAUCUCAGAGACGCAAGACAGAAAGUAAAGAUCAAUAAAAUUAGUCCACAUUU